CUGCAGGUUUGCUAUUUAAAAUACCAUUUAACACCAUUAGAUUGCCUAGGGGACGUCAACGAAAGACUUCAGGCUAUUCGCAAUCAACGUUUAGAGACCAUUAAAAAUAUUCAACGUCUAAAAUCGGAGUAUGAACAUGUCACUCGAUUGCUUGAGGAAGCUGGCGUCUCUCCUGAAGGUGAGCUGGACGCGAGACGAAACCUUGGCAAAAGGAAAUUCUGCUCAAAUCCCAAAAUGGGUCUAGAAUUUCUUUUUGAAAAUCAUAUUAUCGAACGGGAUCCUGCUGCAGUUGCCAGGUUUUUUGUAGAUGAAAAGCGCAACCUUUCCAAGGCAGCUAUAGGCUCAUAUCUAGGGGAAAUCUCAAAGGAGUUUAAUAUGCAAGUGCUGGAGGAGUACCUCAAGCUUCAUGAAUUUUCGGGACAAGAUUUUCUUCCGGCAUUGAGGAAUUUCCUUUUCAGUUUUCAACUACCCGGCGAGAGCCAAAAAAUUGAUAAAAUCCUCCUCUCAUUUGCUCAUCAAUACGUCUUGCAGAAUCCCAGCGCCUUCCACACUUCCCAGGAUGCUUACGUUCUUGCCUAUGCUGCCAUUCUCCUAAACACUACCCUCCACAACACUAACGCAAAGAGUCAAAAUCUCAGUCUUGCGGACGAAAAAACUUUCAUCCAAACGAUGUUGGAUUUCGACAAAGAAACUAAUCUGUCGGAGGAAAUGAUUCGAAGCGUUUACCAUGGCAUCAAAUCAAAGCCGAUUCAACUGGCGGAAGAGUGCUCAGAACCCAGCAUAAUGCGUGGCUGGCUGUGGAAGUUAGGUGGUCGUGUGAAAAUUUGGAAACGUCGGUGGUUUGUCCUGACAGAAGAGUAUCUCUUCUACUACAAUGCCCCUGACCGAACAACGCAGCGAAAGGGUAUCGUAGCGCUGGAAAAUGUCUGCAUUCGGCGUGUCAGUAAUGACCGCUCGAGGGAGUUCUGCUUCGAACUCUUUCCUCGUCCCUGUCCCAACAACAACACCAACGGUGUUGUUGGCAGUGCCAGCAGCAACGGCAACCUGGGUGGCGGAGGAGGAACAAUAAAUACUCGCAAAGCUGAUAGAGAGGGUGUUAUCACCACUGACUACCACACCACUUACCGAAUGGCAGCAACCAACUCGGAGGAGUACGAAAAAUGGGUGACCUCACUUCAGCUCAUCACCAAUCGCUUCGGGAUUGCCGCAGCGGCGGCCGCAAGCAGUGUGAAUCGUCGUUCGGAGACACCACUGCGGGGUGCCUCGGUGCCGUGUUUGUCCGGCUCCUCUUCCUCCACCACAUCCUCCGCACUCAUCGGUGCUCCUGGCCUGCCGAGUGUCGCAUCCCAGCCUAAUCCCAUUACCUCGGUCUCAGGUAGCCCUGAGAUCUAG